AAAUAUAUAUAUUUAUAUCGAAAUGUGUUGAAAUCGAAAUGAAUCCUCAAAAAGCACCACAGCACCAUUCUAGGAGGAAACUUCCAGCCUACCUAUAAACCUACUAAUAUGUACAAAAAAAUCCAACAUAUAUGUACAGAAAUUCAAUCAGUUAAUAAUAUUGAAACCUGCAGCUUAAAAUCUGCCACAGAGGAUGCUUCUCUAAUAUCAAGAGGGAGACGAUUCCAUUACCCAACUAUUCUCUUCAUAAAACUAAAUUUAAAGUUAGCCAUCGUCACUUUUAUCUGGAGUUUUCUCUUGUUGGAAGGGUUCGCAUUAUCUCUCAAAGUAUAAGUAUAAGCAAAAUCACUCUAGCAUGAACGGUAAAUACAAUAUUUUGUCGCUGAUCAUGAAUACUUGCAUAGGCUUCUAAAAAUAAUUGUAUUAUUCAAUCUCAAUGUGAGUUGUUCUUUUUCUCGACUAAGAUUGUGGACUACAGCAGCUGUAAUUGGGUUCCAUUGAAUAAUUUUGCUAUGAUGAAAUUAUAUCAAGAAUAAUAAGUAAGCUAUGAGUAAGUUAUAUUAUGUACAAGUAUUUUGUCUGCACCACACAGCCAAAUGCACUCAAAGGUUAUGACGCAUAGGUAUACUUGUGAGAGGAACCCAACAUAUCCAAGAUAUAUUUUGAUUGACACAUCAAUUAAAAAUAAUUUACACCAAACUGGAUCAACAAUACAUCAAUAUCCUACAUGCACCAAAGCUGGGCAUUGGGUUAUAAGGCAAUCAUUUAAACAACAGGUUGAAAUAAUUUAUAAAUUAGAGAUCAACACUAUUUGUACAACACUAGGGAACAAAUUAACCUUCUUGAAUGUUGCAAAUGGCAAGGCUGUUUGUAGAAUGUCACAAAAUUUCUCAACCUUCUCUUUCUACAAAAUGCUAGUCCUGCAACUUUGCUUAAGACCCAGUCCAUUUUGUGUUGGCCAUGCCCAAUCCAGAUUAUCACAAAAUUGAUUUAAAAGCACCACAAACCAAGCGCAAUAAAUAUAACUUUUAAGCCAAAAAGCAAUUAUUUAAAAAACAUGAUUAGAUUAUCUCUAAGAAACACUGAUUAUUUUAACAGGCACUUUAAUAACUGUUAAUAUUACGUGUUUCUUAAAAAUUUAUUACAGUGUAUCUGUCACAAUGUUUCAGCUAUGUUAGUCUACACAAAGGAUGGAAUGCAGAACUCAACCUCCGAGUCAGUUUGUUCAAUGAACUUAUUAUAAUCACAUCAAGUUGUCUGUAAAUACAGAAAAACCAAACAAAGUAAUAAAUUAUUCAACUCUUUCACAUGUAUGUAUAUGUAUAUCCAUGAUAAAUUAUUAAAUGUUUAUAGAAGGUUUUACACAUUUAUGUCUCUGUCAUAACACUGAGUGGUCUCUGUGAUCUACAACGUCAAUCAGUACACAAGAAAAAUACACUCAGUAAGAUAUUGUUUACAAUAAACCCUCAGUGCCUAUAGCAAUCAUAAGGACCUUAAAUUUAUAUUCUUUUAGAAAUAUCUCAUGGCCAUGGUUGCUUUGAAACUCGUUGAGGUUUUAAUCCAGGCUGCUCAUGUGUACAUUGUUUAUAUAUUGACCGACAAGAACAGUCAAGGCUGUGCUCUGAGAAAAAAUGCUAGGGAACACUUCGGGUACCCAACCUUGUAGGCUAGGGUGCCCAGAAGUCAAGCCUAGUAGCCCAAACUAAAAACGAAAUCAAAUGUAUUAUUACUAAUUGAUUAAUUAAUUAUAAUUAUCUCAUAACAUUGUUAAUUAAUAUAUGAUAACAGAUUGAACCUCAAAUAAAUAUGUCUUGCAUUGUUUCUAGGGCUUUUAUCCUAUUUACAGAUGCCAAAGAUAAAAGGUUCACAUGCAAUUUUUUAACGUACUGUUAUCGAAAGUCCACAAAGAAAGACAAAAUUGACACUUUUUUUGAGUUAAAAUGGUUAAUACCUGUAAAAAAUUAAGUCUUUUUCCAUCUUUGCCCUCCGUGCGUCUGUUAAUUUAGUUCACAUUCUUCGUUUUCAAUUAGGAACUUUUUAUGCACAUUAUACAGACCACAAGAACUACAGCUAACUAACACUGCAGGCCAGUGUUAAAUGUCAGCAUCGUACCGAGCCAAUGAACGACCAAUGUUUUGACUUUGAAUCCACAGAUGGAUUUAAACAUUCUGGAUUGAGCGAAUUUGCCUUGAAAACUUCAACACAACACAAGAAAUUAAAAAGAAAAGAUAGCUGUUGUUAUCUCUAAGUUAAACCUCAAAAGGAGGUCACCUGGCCGGGCGAGUAGGUAUGUUUUUCUUGUCGUGAAAGACGAAAACCGGUCCCUUUGGGUGCUGCUAGAGCAUAGUCUUGAACAGGCAUGAAAUCAUACUGCGGCUGUUACAUCUUUGUUAACCCUUUAAAGACAUAUCAACAAUAUUAUAUUAUAUAUAGUUUUAUUUUAAUUUUAUAUUAAUAUAUUAUAAUUUUAUUUAAUAAUUUUAAUAAUUUUAUUUCAGACCAACAGAUGAAAUUCCUUUCAUUGAUAUAUACUGAAAAAAGUGCUCUAAUGCUUAUUUAUCAGUUCAGCUUCCAAAAGAAAAUCAGGCUAAUUGUUAGGAUAAAUAUCGAUAUUCUUGCUCACUAAAUCUAGAUGUGCAGUUCCAGAAGAUAUUCACCGCCCAAAAUGGAAUUGCUGGGCACAGACUCAAUGUGAACUUUUACUAGGUUGAAGUAUUCAUUUACAAACUAUUUACAAUUUCUUGACCCGUGAGAAUAAAGAAAGCAGUUUAUGAUCAGAUGCUUUGGUUCGUAAUGAUGAUAAGCAGUUUUAUUUGUGAUGGAAGAACUAUCUGACAAUCUUUCCGAGCAACAGGAAUCUGUGAAGGUUUCUUGGGGGCAACGAUAUCUUUGUAAAUCUCCCUACCGGUUUCGGAAAAUCUUUCAUCUUUCGAUGCCUGCCGAUUGUCGCGGAUAUUGUUCAUUCUAAACCAAAACAUACAUACAUGACAAGUGCUUAAAAUGUAAAUCCUGUGGGGCUAUGAAUGCUAACCAAACGUUCAAAGCGGCAAAGAAAAUAAACAUACCAUUGCAUUAGCAACUUCGAACAACAUUUCAGUUAAACUUUGGCAUUUAAAUAUGCGUCUUCAGAUAAUUCGUGACCGCCGCCAUGUUUAUGUUGAGCAUCUGGUAUUCAUCGAGAGCGUAACCAUGGUUCCACGAGAUCCACUCGUCCAAUUACGGUGCACGAAAGAACAGCCAUAUGCAAGCGCCAAUUAGAACCUAUUAUAAAAAACCCCGGUAACACGCGGGGAGCGGAACAAGCUUUUGGUCGCUGAUUCGCAGACGGACUAUACCGGGGUUUAGUUUGUCUGCAACGCAGGCUAUUUCAGAGGCAGCAAAGAAAAAACAGUACCAGGGACUACUGAAAGGGCAACAAAAUGAGGAAGGAAAGUCAAACUCCCCAGCAAACAAUCUCUAUCUCAACUACUUAAUUGAGCCUAUUAUUUAAGCAGUUUAGUAAGUCUAGAAGAUCAUCUUAAACAAAAUUCAGAUGAUGAUAAUGAAGAAACAAAAACGUAACUGAUUACUUUCAAAUAUGGACCAAAGAGAUGAUGAUAAUUCUCAAACCUGUCGAGGGACCUAUCCAGUAUUUACCUUAGUAAAUGAUGCCUAAUGUUUUGUCUGAAACUGAAAAAGAUCUCAUGUAGUCAGUAAGUGACCAUUGUCUCAUCUACGCCAUCAGGAAAGCUUUCAUCCCUGCUGGUGCUCCUACUAUUAUAAACAGUAGACAGCUAAGAAACUUUGACCCAACCAUGUUUCGAAGAGAUUUAGCCCUAGCUCCAUGGCAGUCUGUAGAGAAUAUAACAGAUCCCAACGUAGCCUGGAAUUUCUGGAGAAAUAUGUUUUUGAACAUAUGCGAUUCACAUGCACCUUUUCGUCGAAAGAAGGUCCGAAAUACAAACUCUCCCUGGCUUACCCCUGAUCUCAAAAAGUUAAUGUUUGAGAGAGACAAAGCGAAAAAACUCGCUUCUAGGGCGGGGUCUAGCGAAACUUGGAUGCACUUCAACGCUUUGAGAAAUAAGGUCAACACUGCUAUAUCUACUCUCUUUUAUUUUAAUGUUAUACAGGGCCCACGUUGAUACCAGUCCUGUGACUGAAGGGGUUACCCUGUUUAAACAUCGAUUAUUAUUAUUGUUAUUAUUAUUAUUAUUAUUAUUAUUAUUAUUAUUAUUAUCAAUUAUACCCUACUCAGUUCUUUUAGCCUUUUUAAUCUUAUAAGUAAUUAUUGUGAAAUUUCAAUAAAGUUUUUAUAUUUUAUCAUUAUCAUUAUCAUUAUUAUUAUUAUUAUUAUUAUUAUUAUUAUUAUUAUUAUUAUAAAAAAGGCAAAAGUCUCACAUUAUAAUUCGUUUUUCAAGAACAACCGGGGUAACAUUAAGAACACAUGGAAAGGGAUUAAUACCAUUUUCGGUAAAAUACCGCAAGCCACCAGAAUCCAUAGCCUAAAACUUGGCGAUACCAUUUACACUACCCCUGAUGAAAUCAGUAAUAGGCUAAAUCACCAUUUCUGUAGCGUAGGGCCAAUUUUAGCAAAUGAGAUUCCCCUCACAGACGCAAAAUUUACUGACUAUGUUCUUCCUCUUCCACAUGUCUUUUCCCUAACUAAAACAUCUAAUGAUAUCGUACUAAAACUGAUUCAAUCGUUACCGCCGAACAAGGCAAGUGGUCUUGACGGUAUUUCCGCUAAACUAUUAAAAGAGGCGGGACCUAUUGUCUCUGCAUCCUUGACCUACAUCAUAAAUCAAUCCUUAACUACCGGUAUUUUUCCUGAUGAUUGGAAGGUAGCCAGAAUCACUCCUAUUCACAAGGAUGAUAUCAAAACUAAUCCAAACAACUAUAGACCUAUAUCUGUCUUGCCGAUUGUCAGUAAACUUAUUGAGAGAGUAGUCUUCAACCAGUUAUAUGAUUUUUUAAUGAGGCAUGACUUACUUGCCGAUGCUCAGUCGGGCUUUCGACCUUGUCAUUCCACUUUGACUGCCCUUCUAGAUAUAACCAAUGAUUGGUUUUCUAAUAUGGAUAAUGGCUUACUAAAAAAAGUUCUUUUUCUCGAUCUUAAAAAAGCUUCGAUACUGUUGAUCAUGAAAUACCACUUAGAAAGCUCAUUUUCUAUAUGGUUGACUCCAUAAGCUUAAAAUGGUUUCAAUCAUAUCUUACUGGUCUUACGACCAACUCGUUAAUACGAUCAGUUUCCAUGGCCCGAAGGUGGUCGUAUUAACGGGGUUCCACUGUACAAUAACCUUGUGCUUUUUCUGUUAUAGCUUCAAAAUCACUAUAUUUCACAAAUGGUACAGGCAACUGUCUGGUGAUUUUGAAACAUGAUCUUUUCACCUUUAUCAGGUAUUUUGAUAGCUUGUUCACCAUUAACAACCAUACAUUCAGUCUUGUGUUCGUUGAGAACACUUUCUUUACUAAAACACUGUAAACAAUACAACAAAAACGGCUUUCUUUCUUUAUGAUUCGUUUAUCAAAACAUAACGUUUAUUUUAACCUUCUGUUAUUAAUAAAAGAUUCAUUUGAUCAUCAAACUUUUCUUUAAAAACAUAUAUUGAAUAUGGUUGUUCUAUUUCAAGUUCAUAUCCAAAGACAUUGAUGUUGAUAUUAUUUUGCUUUUCCACUUUGUUGUACUGUUUGACAUCAGUGACAUUGACAGGAAAUUCAAUGUUUAAAUAAUCUAACUUAUUAAUGAAUGCUUUGUCUGACUUUUUAAUCCUUUGUGGAUCUUUUUCUUGCGGAUUUAAAUGCCUAAUAUGGCUCCAUUUGAAGCAUUCAUUAUCUUCGUUUUCCAUGUUUAUAAGUCCUUUCUCAAUUUUCUGGGUAGUCGGAUGUAUGAUGAUCCUUUCAGAGGUAUUGUACUUGACGAUGUUUAUAUAAUGAUUGUUUAUUUUAUCAAUAGUCUAACCUGAACCUUGCGAUUUCCAUGUUGCAAUUUUAUUUAAUAUAUCUUCUUAUGAGGCUUUUUUGAUGCAGUUCAUUAACACUUGUAACGUAUUUAGCUUUGCUGUUGAAAUAAGCGGUUUUGUAUGUUAUUCCAUCACUUGAUACUUUUUUUGAAAGUCACCUUCAGUGUUUCAUUGAAUUUAAAUCCUUUUAUGUUUUCUGAUGAAGCUUUGAAAUAGUAUUCUAUCGCUUUUCUCGCGUUUUGUAACUGAAGCAAUGCGGGAUCUUUGUUAUGUCUUAAGUCUACUUCAAAUGAUGUUGCACUAUCCUUCAGAGCUUGAGCCAGUUUUGUUAUUUUAGUCCUUGGAGUUAGAAUUGGUUUGACAGUUCUUGGUUUUGCUAUCAGUUUGCAAUCAUCUCUAAAUUCAACUGGCGGAGGAAUAAUAUUUUCCUCGUAUUCUUUAAUCAUUUGCUCAACAGAUUUUCUGGGCAAUGGUAUUGGUUUAGUCAAUUUUACAGUUCUUGGUUUGGGAACUGGUUAUGUAUGACUUUUGUCAACAAUAAAUCAAUAAGUUGAGAUUUAAACAAUUUCUGUAAAUUAGACUUAUUCAUAUAACUACUUAUUCACAAUGUAUUCAAAGAAACUUUUCCAUUCAUUUUACUUUUCAUUUUUUUUGAGUUUGACAUAUCUCCUUUAUUAUGCGUUGAGAUCAUUUUUUCACUCAUAUUACUAGAUAUUUGUUUAAAUGUUUUUUUUUGGUUUUUCCUAAAACUUUUACAAUCUAUAUUAUAGUUCUUUUCACAAUAAUUAUGAAUUUCCAUCGGCAAAUAUCAUGAGAUUCUAAAUGCAAGCAUUUCAAAAAUUCAUUUUUUUCAUAAUUUUUUCCCUAAACAAACUAGAUGUAAAAGUAAAUGGUUACUAAUAGUUGUAGCGAAAAUUAUGAGAACUGUUAUCGUUAAUAGAAUAAAUAUGAAACCCAUCCUGUUUGUAAUCUGUAUGCAGGACCUAAAUGUGGUAAAAUAAUCAAUAUAAUUAAGCAAAAACCGACAUAUGGUUGUUUGAUGAAUACUGGAUACUAUAAAUGUCGAGUGCGCAAAAGUAGACAGAAUGGCCACUCUAAUGUAUACGUACAUUUAAGCAAUGGACAAUGUCUAGCAUGCGUCCAUCCAAUUUGGGAUGCACUUGGAUAGUUGGGAGAGCACGAAGGUAGCGUAAGAGUUGCUCGAGACGUAGCCUCGAGCAUCUCUAGCUACCUAAGUGCUCUCCCAACUAUCCAAGUGCAUCCCAAAUUGGAUGGACGUACGCUAGACAUUGUCCAUUGCUUUUAGAACGUAGCGAGACAUUUUUCAUGCUAAAAAGUCGAAAUUUCACCGACUAUAACGUCAGCCUGAACCAUCUCUAUGAAUCAUCCAUUUCUUUUUUUAACAAAUAAAGAAGCCUAAGCCGUGUAUUACACUGUGAUAAAACACGACAGGCAUUUAAGAACACGAGGGAAAUGUAGAAAGUACGAGCCGCAGGCGAGUGUUUUCUACAUUUCUCGAGUGUUCUCAAAUGACUGGAGUGUUUUAUCACAGUGUAAUACACGGCUUAGGCUUCUUCAUUUGCUUUAUGAUAUAGAUUUUAUGCGCGCAAAACUAUAAAACACGCUUUUUCUAUGUUUUAUACUCUGAUAAAACAUAGGUUUUUGACCAAUCAGAGCGCACAGCCUCCUGUCUAUGUUAUAAAAUAAAAUAUUAGCCAGUCAGAGCGCGCGCAAGCAUGUAGCUAUGUUAUAAUUCUCACUUUAUCACCCACUUUGAACUUUGGUUUUGAUGAUUCCAUAUUACCAUACAGAUUAAAAUACACUAUUCCUUCAUUCUUCUUUUUACUGGCCUCUACAGGUGUCCUUUGAUUGAACUAUGUUAAGUGUUAUUAUACUUUUUUUAAUAUUUCAGGUAGUAUGUCUAAAUACUGUGUAUUACCUUGAACAGUAUACUGCUUCCACAUUUUGGUUUUAAUUGUUCCCUUCCAUCGUUCACAAACGUGCAUUACUUUUUUUCCUUAUUCCUAGUGGAAUACACUUUUAUGUUAUAUUUCGCUAAACGAGGUUUCGCACGGCAGCCAUGUUGCACAUGACAGGAACAAUAUAUUCUUUUUUCCUGUGGGAAAAAAUAUUCUGUCUUAUGCAAAAAUAUUUUCUUUGUUCCUGCCAUGCAACAUGGCUGCCGUGCAAAAGCUUUAUAAGUCCUUCAAGUGCUUAUUAUAGAAUUCUUUACCUUUAUCAAUCCAUAAAUAUUGCCGUUUUCUACCCUUUUUUAACAGUCUUUUAAAUGCUUGAGUUAGUUCAUGUCCAAUUUGAAAUAUUCAGUUUCUUAUUCACAGUGUCUCCAAUUAGCACUACCGCAGUGCUAUAUACAUACGACACUUAAAUAAAGUUGUUAUUAUUAUUAUUAUUAUUAUUAUUACAUUUUCACCUUUUUUAUACUUUAACGGUACAAUCCAACCAUAUUUACUGAAAACAUCUAAAACCAUCAGAAGAUAUCUGUAUCCUUAAUUCCAUUUACUGAACUGCUGCAUUUCAACUAAAUCCGCUCACCAUAAUUCCUCAAUAUAUGAUCAGCAAAUAGAUUCCAUGUUGCCAUGCGUCUAUUCAAUAAUAGAUCACAGAUGACGGAAAUAUCCAUGAGCUUAGUAAUGUCCUCGUGAAGCCCCAACCAGGAGUUGUUAAUCUUAUAGGCCCUAUCAACAAGAGUCCUGAUGAGACCCACUUUGUAAGAGGAGAUGAAACUGAUUAAAUUAUUUAAUAACCCAGUAAAGGUUUUCUUGCUGUAAACUCUAGUUAGAAGAGAAUUAGGAUCAUUAUUAUCAACUAGAACAUCUAAAAAGGGUAAUUUGUGAUGAGCUUCUUUUUCCAUAGAAAAGCUAAUGUUGGGGUGUCUAGAGUUGACGUAGUCGAAAAAUAAAAUGGCAUCAUGUUCCGAGUGAGAUAAACAGCAAGUGUCGUCAACAUAUCCACCACAAAAUAAAAUUUCGGAGCCUUGAAAAUUUUCCAGCCACAGUUUUUCUUGAUGCCCCAUCUCCAAACAUUAUCUAUGUUUGGUAAAUAUAUGAUCUCUUUUAAAGUAGAAAGUCUCUUUACCAACAUACCCCUUGAGGAGUGCAUUGACCGAGCGGUCAAUUGCAUUUCCAAGGGCAACCCUGACCCUAAGUUAAGUGAAUCUGAACUUAGAAGCCUCUUCACUGGAGCUACCGCUCAGACUCAUUUCUUAUUUAAUGGCUUUUUCUGUGAUCAUAGUCUCUCCACCAUGGGGUCUCCUCUUGCUCCCGUUCUAUAGCUAGCUAACCUUUUUACGAGUGUUUGGGAUCAGGUUUAUGAAAUAGUUGACAAUACCAUUAAAUUUGAAACACCCGUUGAAAUAAAAGGUGCUGUUAAUGAUCAAAAUAACAUUACAAAAAAAGUAUAUGAUCUUGACAUUCAAAAAAUUGAUAACGAUUAUGAACCAAUAAUUUUUUAUGUCGCGAUCUAAUUCAUAAUAAUGCAAGAGAGGUAAAAAUUGCAUCCAAAUUAACAUCUUCCUCAAUUAUGUCAGACACAUCUCACUUUCCAUUGUGAAAAACGAAUUCGUUUUUAAAAAGUCGGCAAUUUAUGAAAUUUGGCUUUUUCAGUUUCGCAAACAGUCAAAACAGAGGAUCUAUUUGGUUUCGUUCAACAAAUAUUAGUGACGGGGUGUAGAGCAAUCAGGAAAUUGUAGACGUAAAUCGUACUGGUUAUGAACGUGGAAAGAGUCUUCUAUGGUACUCAUUCUCCAUAUUUUUGUUACACAUCUAACGGCAAGUACUCAAAGACAUGCUAUUACAAUUAGCAAUGGAGGAGAAUCUGAUGGCCUGAGUUAUGGUAACUUAUACAAAAAAUCAAAUAAAACAUCUAAACCAUAUAUAUGAAAGCACUAAAGUCAAUAUUCAAUUUCAAUCAUAUUGAUCCAGCUCUGAGACAUCAGAACUGAAAGCUUUAGACCAAUAUUAUACAACACUGGUUAUUCAAUUUAAUUCAAUUUAAAAUACUGGUUAUUCAAAAUGGCUUAUAAAUAUUUCAAAAAGCUUGAGCUAGCAUGUAACAUUGGUUCCUUAAGCCUUGUUAUAACGGGAGGCAUAGCUUCAUCCUUGACGCUUAACCCAAUUAUUUUAGGCGUUGUACUGGUGGAUCAAGCAUUUUACUAAAACCGUUUUCAGAAGCUAAGAAUUAUAAAAGAAAGAUUGAAAUGUGUAAAUUUGCUCACACGACAUAUGAAAAGAUUUUGACUGAUUUACUAUCCUUUCUGAGAGGACUGAGUUUUAAUGACAUGUGGCCACUUUGGGAUGAAUAUAAAAAAAAAUGCAAUAAGAUAUUUAUCCAACAAUAGAUCUUAUCUUAUCACCUAUUUGAUUUAACAUCAUCACCUUAUUUAAUUUAAUAUUUAAUAGAAUUUCUAGAUUAGAUAGUACUGUUUUUAGAUAAUUGUAUUCUGUAAUUUUUUUUUUGUAAUUUUUGAGGGCCACAAGUUUAUUAGCUUUUAGCUAUUUAGUGUUACCCUCUAUGAUAAAUUGCUUACUUACUUAUUAUCACCUCAUUAAAUUUCAGUAAUAUUUAGUAGAAUUUCUAGAUUAGAUAGUACUGUUUUUAGGUAAUUCUAUUCUGUAAUUUUUUUUAUGAUUUUUGAGGGCCACAAGUUUAUUAGCUUUUUAGCUAUUUAGUGUUACCCCCUCUAUCUAAAUUGCUUAAUUACUCACUUACUUACUUACUAACUAACUAACUUAAUUACUUACUUACUUCUUUAUUCUGCGCUGCCGAACAAGCUAUGCCCGAAUGGAGCCAUGUGCUGGUAUCGUAAACCAUUUUUUGGCAUAAUGCGUUUGAACUCCCAUGUCCUAUACUAAUAGUUGACAGUAAAAAAGAUCUACAAGACACAAUGCCGGGGUUCAGGGGCCGACAAUUAGGAUUUUGUCAUUAACCAUUCAAAGGCCGUUCUUUUCGGAUCCUGUUACGAAAAAUGAUGCUGAAAAACAUCUUUGUUCAAGGGCUCUGAUUUAGGAUUUUCUCACGGCAUCACGUACUUUUUUCCAUUAUCGUUUGUAAUUACAUAAUACCCUAGUGGUGAAGUGGUUUUAUUACACCGUUAAUUUUAUUGUUUCUAAUUGUCAUUUUGAAUGCAUUGUAAUAUUAGCCUAUUUUAGAGAGUGUAGCUACGGGGUGGUCCUGUUGUGCCCGUGACACACCCCUCACUCCCCGUUUUGUUAGCCUUUUUCAAACAAACAGCCUACAACAAGUGUGGAGGUCACAUGACAUUCUGGUGAGUGCCCUACUUUGACAUGGUGCACCCCCCCUCCUCCUUUGAAAGCUCUUGGCUACUUCCUUGCAAAAACCAAUUAUUUUUAAUCUAUACGUGACAGCACGUUUUCAUGAAGUAGCCCGAACAAGCGAAACGUCUAAAUAAACUGUUUGACCUGGAAAAGUUCUCUGUUUGCUCCCUCUUCGCACAUUGAAUGAAGCUUUCCACAGCCACUCUGCUGUCUUCGAAGGAUAAAAAUUUUGUGAUAAAAUGGAACGUUGAAAUUUAAAUUAAGAGAGUGAUUCGCAUAAAAUAAAAAAUACCCGUCAAAGAAUGUUCUUAAGAAUGCUAAAAGUGGUAAAAUUAGUGACUAACUGCAAAGGAACGCAUUAGUGUUUGUUUAAAAGAAUGUUAUAUUGUCUCGGGAGAGGGCACGAGUUAUUGUUUCCAAACUGUGUUUUUUCUUAAUUGAUAGACCACUUUAGAGUUGUUUGUUCAUUGACCUGACCUUUAAAUGGCAGAGAGGCCGCAGAUGACCUUGUUUUGAUAAAGACCUUUCUGCUUUUGUUGUAUAAAUCAAGUUGUUCUAAUGCCAACUAUAGGUGCAUUUACAUGACAAAGCAGAGAGGUCUGUAUCAAAGCAAGGCCACCUGCAGCCUCGCUGCCAUCCAAAGGCCAGGUCACCGAGCAGAAAAGUGGUCUAUUGUCUACCCAAACAAGAAAAAGGGCGCGAAUCAGACAGACAGACAGACAGACAGACACCUUUAUUUAGUUAUAAAGCUCAGGGUAGUCCCUUCAGGAGCUAAAAGCAACCUGCUAUUGUAAGAGUGUAACUUACCAAAGUGGAGAGAAUCACUUGGAAGCCAGUUUGUCGGUUGAUGUCCAAACAUGUUUUCUGUUAAUAUUUUUCAGCUUCUAACUCAGUGAAACAUGCCAUUUGAUGACGUAAUAAAAGAAGUCGGUGAGAGCAUUGCCCAGGAGAAAUGCAAACGAGCUAGGCUGAAAGACCUGGACUUGAUUGUACUGGACAACUCAAUCCGUGAGAGUACCGUGGGUCAGCUGAGAGGACACACGCUAGAAAACAAGUGGAAGAUUUACAAGGAGGUGAAAAAGUGCGGAUUCAAGUUUAUCAUCGUAGCAGCCUUCUCGCACAUGACACGGGUCGACGACACCUUCCUUCGUGAGCUCGUGGACAGUGGAGAAGACGUCAGCAACUUGUUUGCCUUCACCGAAGUUAUGGAAGCGGUGAAUGACGGUAUCCCUGACACUAAGACUACUCCAGUGGGCCUGAGUAAGAU